AUGGCGCGUAGACAACAUCUCACCCUCACGAUCCUGCUAGCCGUCGUCGUCUUGCUCAGCAUAACUUACGUCUUCUCCGGCAGCUCGGCACUCAGCCCUGCAGGGCUGCUCAAGUCCGGCCGCAACAGCGAAGUUCCUCUCACGGCCGACGGUAAAAAGCCAACUCCCGCCUCGAAGCCCGGCUUCGAAAUCGACCUAGAAGCCGUUCCGGAUCUCUCAGAAGGAGACUCCAUAGCACCCAAAUUGGAAAAUGCGACACUAAACCCGUCCAGAGCGGAACUCGGCCGCGCAACUUGGAAGUUCCUCCACACUAUGGUUGCCCGGUUCCCAGAUAAGCCUACCGACAGCGACCGCAAAACCCUCGAGUCCUUCUUCCAUCUCUUCGGUCGACUGUACCCCUGCGGCGACUGCGCUCGUCACUUUCGCGGGAUGCUGAAGAAGUACCCACCACAGACUAGCAGUCGUAACGCCGCUGCAGGCUGGUUGUGUGCGCUGCAUAACAUGGUAAAUAAGAGGCUCGAGAAACCGGCAUUCGAUUGUACCAAAAUUGGAGACUUUUACGACUGCGGCUGCGGCGAUGAUAAGAAAGAGGCAGACAAGGGCGAGGAGGAGGACAAGAAGAAAGUGACCAGGGACGAAGGUGGCGAUGCCACCAUUCCGGGGCUGGGAGGAUUGAACAAGCAGUGGAGCAAGGCUAUUGAGGGAUUAUAG